UUGGCUGAGAGAAACGUGUGGGAAUUUUACAGCCUUAAAUUCCUUCACACAUAGCUUCUACACCAAUACACAUAAACGACUCUCAAAGUUUCUAUUGUUUGGGCCAGAAUGAAUUAUCUGCUGGUGAUUCUGCUCGGUGUGGGACUACUGUACCAGACCUCAAGCGCUGUCCUCAUGGAUAAACUAGCAGACAACAAGUUGUGUGCAGAUGCAGAGUGCUCAUAUGCUCUGUCCCUGGCCACAGCUGUAGAUGACUUCGUGGCUCCUGAUUGCAGAUUCAUAAAUAUCAAGAAGGGUCAGAUGGUCUACGUGUAUUCUAAGCUCAUACCAGAGGAGGGUGCUGGAGUCUUCUGGUCAGGAAGUGUUUACAGUGAGCGUUACGUGGACCAGAUGGGCAUGGUCGGAUACUUCCCUGCAACCAUGGUGAAGGAGACACAUAAGUUCAGUGAAAACACGGUUCAGAUUCCCACGGCGGACAUGGAUUUCUUUUGUGUUUAAGACAUGACACAGAUUGAAACUUUUCUUUCUCACAUCUUCAGUUAUUGUAAUUAUCCAGCAAUUAUGCUAGUGUUUUUUUAGGCUCUUAUAAAGGAAAGUAAUGAGUUAGAUGCUAGAGCAGGGCUGUCAAACCAUGUCUAAAGAAGGACUGAUUUAUUCACUCUUAUAACUUGAAUGGAAUCGGUGAUAGGAAGUGGUCAGUAGAAACGACUGAUGUUGUAUUUGGUUGCAGUUAAGACCUGUGGACUCUUGGCCCUCCAUGGCAAAUAGUUUGACACCCCUGCUCCGGGCUAUGCUUGAUGUAUCUGUUUUGCAUUGCUUUGUAUCUUUAUUUUUCACUUCGGCAGACAUUUUGCUCAGUGCAGCCCUUUUCUCAUGUCAUGCCAAAAGACUGAAAAUAAAUAAAUAAAUAAAAACAUCUGGACAUCC